CUGGCCGGUCUGCAGAUUUGCGGAGAAGCGAUUCAGUGUUAGUGCUCCUGGUAAAAAAUGCACUCUGAUGCGGCAAAUUUUCAACUGAACUCCCACCUGUCUACAUUGGCCAGCAUCCACAAGAUCUACCACACACUCAACAGGCUGAACCUGACCGAAGACGCAAGCCAGGACACUUCCCAUUCCACAGAGUCUCUGCGCUCCUGCUGCUCCAUGCCCCCCAGGAAAAAAAGGAGGCCCGCUGCUGGGGAUUACAUGUCCGCCAAGAAAAGCCGCCCCGACAGCGUGUACAGAAAGCACGAAGCCUCCAGGAUCAAGAGCGAAGAUGUCUUCUCAAGUAAAAGAUGUCUGGAAUGGUUUUACGAAUACGCAGGCUGUGACGAUGUUGUCGGACCGGAAGGGAUGGAGAAGUUCUGUGAAGAUAUUGGAGUGGAGCCUGAGAACGUGGUGAUGUUGGUCCUGGCCUGGAAGCUGGAGGCUCAGAGCAUGGGCUACUUCACCUUGCAGGAGUGGCUAAAAGGCAUGGGGUCCCUGCAGUGUGACUCUACGGAAAAGCUGAGGAACUCUCUAGAUUACUUGAGGUCCGUGCUAAACGAGUCAACAAAUUUCAAACUAAUCUACAGAUACGCAUUUGACUUUGCACGGGAGAAGGACCAAAGGAGCUUAGACCUAAACACUGCCAAGUGCAUGCUGGGAUUGCUGCUCGGCAAGACAUGGCCGCUGUUUCCCGUAUUCAACCAGUUCCUAGAGCAGUCGAAAUAUAAAGUCAUAAACAAAGAUCAGUGGUGUAACGUUCUGGAGUUCAGCAGAACCAUUAACCUGGAUCUGAGCAACUACGAUGAGGACGGAGCCUGGCCAGUUCUGUUGGAUGAGUUUGUGGAGUGGUACAAAGACAGGCAGAUCUCCCAGCACUGAUGACCAGCAGCGCAGCACCGAGCAAGGGAGAAGGAAAGCAUGAAUGACCAAACUGAACCAGGGCCCAGCGCCUCUGACUGUCUUUCCCAGAAUGCAUGCUGUCUCACCGACCGGCCAGUGUCCGGGCUCUGGAGCAGGGGGUGGGGGCGCGGCAGCGGUUGCUGUGACCCCCCCUUCCCGCACUGAUCUCUCAAUCAGCUGAUGCACAGAUGAAUACUCCCACUCCCCUCCACCUCCCCACCCCAACUAAAGCAGUCACUCUCCUGUGGUGCAUUGUGGGUAUAGCUCACCGCUAGUCCCUUGCCACGCCCCCCCCCCCCCCACGCCCACACUGUGACGUGUUUCUGAGCGCAUGUGGACCUGUCACAUGCUUGUCUGUCUUCAUCCCACCCUGAAGAGGAAGAGGAGGGGGAGGAGCCUGGAGUGGGGGUUAUCGCAACGCAGCCAACCAGAUGUCAUCUUUGUGUUUUGAACUGUUUCAAGUGUUUUAAAGUUUAUAUAUUAUGUUUAUAUAUAGUAUGUUUUUGUCCCAAAUCCUUUCUCUUAGGAUAUAAUACUAAUACAUCUGACAUUUUCUUCAGUGGUGUUUAUUUUCUAAAGGUGUUACCUGAUUGAAAAUAUGGUUAUGAAGAAACCCCUACACUUCUGGUUUAUUAAGUAAAGGUAAACAUCCUCUCACACUGCCCCACUCUGUUUGCAGAUCCUGCACUGUACCACUGCUGUCAGGGUCACCUUGUCAGUCCCUCACCAAACCAUCAGCAAACUCACCAGAGCACUUAACCACGAGGGCUGAAUUUGUGUUUGCGUGGGUCAUGUGACAGACCCCCUGGUGGCAGUAGCUGCUGCUGCAGAUCUGAAACACAGAUUAACUCAGUUGUGAUGUGGUUGGGUUUCCCCGACAAACACGCAUACACACACAUGCUCGUAGAAGUCUCUGCACUGUUAUUAACAUGUCGAAUCACAAAUAGGAAGUUUUUCAACAGGUUUAUUUUCUCAAACAUAAUUUUUUGGAACAGUUUUGUGAGUGCUGUGUUUGACCUACGCUGCAGGAGCAG